CACACGAACAUACAUGCACACAUUCCAUACUGGCUUGCUCUAGUUAAUUUUCCCUAAAUGGAAAACUAAACGAACGCAAAAAUAUCCUAUCUUUUAAUUCGCAUCAACUUCCAAAACAGUAAAGGUUUAAACGCUUAAUCCACAAUGGCCGAAGGAACCUACGAAUUCGAAUGUAUGAGGGCUGAAUUGUUGGGAAUUGAAAAACCUAAUCAAGAAGAAUUUGAAAAGGCACGAGCAGAACGUUUGCAAAAGGAACAAGAAGAACAAUUGGCCGCAGAGGCUCAGGCCCUGGAGGAACAGGAUGAAACCAUGCAAAGUGCAAACAGCAAACUUGAUGAGUUGAACAGCAUUCUAUCAUCAACACAACAGAAAAUCUUCCGUUUCAAACAAAGUGCUGCUGGCAGUCUUUCCAACAUCUUUGGCCGUUCCGGAUCUGUGGACAUUGAGGCUUCGUCAUCGAACACCUCAUCGGCUGGCACCAGUAGACGCAACACCACGGCAAAUGCCACAAAUUUGAAUGAAGCCGCCAAAGUUUUGGACGAAAUGAAACAUAAAGAAGGCGAACCGGUUAUUCCAACAGAAAAGAUACGACAGGCCAAAUUGGAUAUUAACAAAAAGAUGACUUCACACUUGGAUCGUUUGGAUGAUAUGAUUAAUAAGGCAGAUAGUGCUGAAAUUGCCAUGGCCGAGCAGACCAAGCAAAUGCGUAAAUUAGCCAAGUAAAUGCGAUGCGACAAAGCCUUGGGACGACCCAUUAAGUCAUGGUCAAAUUACCUUCAUACUUCACACACUUGGCACAAAAUCAAAAUUUAAAUCAUUCAAGAAACGUUAAUGUUUUCGCCUUCGUUGUCAUUGUAUGUUCACCGAUAUUUCGUCACCACUUUUUAGAGCACCAUCUACUACAACAACAUCCAAGGAAAGUGUGGGGGAAAAGAAGAAUGGCAAGCUAUUUAUGCUGCACAAGGUUCCCCCUGCAAUAGCAAUGAGUAUUUUUAAAGCUUACCAUUUUUCCUACCAACGACAUAAAAGGCCUUCUAUGUGCUUCAUACUGACCACCAACAUCGAAUCGAAUACCGCCGCCUGCCUAUAUUUAUUCCAAUGGCAUGGGACCGACCGACCAUCAGAGUAAUUUAGCUAUUCGCAUGUUAAGUGUUUUAUGGAAAACAAAAAGGAGUAAGGCGCCAAUUUUAGCCCAUUCCUCAAAACGUUGUGAAGUGUCGCAUACAUCGAAUAUGUACUACAAAUAUUACGCGUUCCAUUAUCAUGUCAAUCCAUAAAGUGUGUAACAAUGUUUCCUGUAACCAUUAGCACCCUACCAACAACACCACCACCACCAUGAACUCUCUUCAAUUAUACGACAAUGUUCAAUUAAUAAUGUUCCAGUAAAGACAACAACAACAGCAACACCACUACCACCUUUCAUCAACACCACCAAUAAAAACAAACCUAAGAACAAAAAAAUACUAUAUAGUAUGAAAAUAAAACUCAUAAUAAAUCUCAUACAACAUUA